AUAAUAGUUUUAUUGUUUUCAGAUCUGAUUAGAUGUAUUAGUUAAAGUGAGAGCAUUAAUAAUUACUAACAGGUUGUUAAUCGCCUGUUUUCUUGAAAUCAGAUUAUACUAAUUAAACAAGUGUAGAAACUAAUCAUCAUGGCAGUAGCAACAGCCUUGGAUUCAACUACCAAUGGCACCCUCAAUGAGGUUGAGGCAGGGGGGAGUGGAAAUCUGCCCAAUGGAGACGCUCAUCGGGAAGAAGAAGAGCAACAGGAGGAGAGGGGAAGAGAACCGAAUGGUAACGAAGCAGACAAGGAGAACGAUGAAGAAUCCAAUCCUAAUCAGAAUCACAACGGAACUGAGGGAGAAGGGGACGAUUCUGCUUCUCAAGAGCAGAAGGUUUCGCGUAAUAAACUGAAGAAAAUGAAGAAAAAAGCGUCGAAGCAGAGACGUAAACAAGAAGAGGUGGAGCACAGUCUAGUUAAUGCUGCUACUAAUGCAGCUGCAUCUAGCAAGGGCAGAACCCUGGCGCCCAGAUUCGAAGUAGAGUACCAACCAGAAAGGAUCCAACUUAGCUUUGCGGAUCCGAACUACGCUCAUUUUAUGAAAAUAUUUGAAAAAUAUAAGUUGCAAGCUCCACCCAAGAAGGAAGAAACGAAAGAGGAUGCAAAUGAAAAACUAAAUGUUGAGAGCGAGGUGCUCUCGGCUGUGUCACAAAUUACUUCGGCCCUUGAAACCCAAAAGUUCCCUAAACAUGACGACGAUGAUGAUGCCAUAAAAGAUGAAGACUCGGGGCAUCCGACGUUAUCUAAAAAGAAACUUCGCAAACUUAAUCGAUUAACUGUAGCCGAGCUGAAACAACUGGUGACGAGACCUGAUGUCGUAGAAAUGCACGACGUCACCGCUCGGGAUCCCAAAUUGCUCAUCUGUUUGAAAUCGGCAAAACAUUCGGUUCCGGUGCCGAGACACUGGAAUGCAAAGAGGAAAUACUUAGCUGGAAAAAGAGGGUUCCAGAAAGCUCCAUUUGACCUGCCUGAGUUUAUAAAGCGAACUGGGAUCAUGGAGAUGAGGAGCGCACUUCAAGAAAAGGAAGAUGCGCAGUCAAUGAAGACCAAAAUGAGAGGCAAAGUGAGACCCAAAAUGGGAAAGAUAGACAUCGACUAUCAGAAACUGCACGACGCAUUUUUCAAAUAUCAGACGAAGCCGAAAUUGUCCACUCAUGGUGAUCUGUACUACGAGGGAAAGGAGCAGGAGACGAGGAUGAAAGAGAAGAAGCCAGGAGACAUUUCGGACGACCUCAGAUCUGCUCUGGGAAUGCCAGUCAUCGAGGGCAAGAACAAGUUUCCGCCUCCUUGGCUGAUUGCCAUGCAGAGGUAUGGACCUCCUCCGUCUUACCCCAAUCUGAGGAUAGCAGGACUGAAUGCACCCAUUCCAGAGGGCUGCAGUUUCGGAUACCACGCAGGCGGCUGGGGAAAACCUCCUGUGGAUUCACAAGGUAGGCCACUGUACGGAGACGUGUUCGGUCAAGACACACAAGGUGCAUAUGGAGGGGACAUGGAUGCGGACAUAGACAAGACCCACUGGGGAGAGAUGGAGUCAGAGAGCGAGGAGGAAGAGGAAUCUGAGGAGGAGGAUCAGGAGCAAGAGACUCCGGAUGCAUCUGGUUUGAUCACACCUGGAACAGAGGGACUGGUGACUCCGAGUGGACUGACUUCUCUCCCGGCUGGGCUGGAGACGCCGGAGGGAAUCGAAUUGAGGAAGAAGAAGAUCGACGAAGAAACUGGAGGAGAGACUCCGCAGUUGUACACAGUGUUGCAAGAGAAGAAGGCGGGAGGAGUGGCCGCCUCCUUCAUGGGGUCCUCGCACGUUUACGACAUGCAACGCAAAUCCGGGUCUUCUUCAACUGGAGGUGGAGGUGCAGGUAUGCUGGACGAAGGCACUGUUGAGAUGGCUCUGGAUCCCAGUGAGCUGGACAUGGUUGAAGUAGGAGCCGGCAAUAGGAGUGGAACAGACGCUGCACUCCAGGCCAGAUAUGACAGUGCUCUGCGGGAGCAACGCGGUGGAUCCAAAUCAGGCGAAGAUUUCAGCGACCUGGUAGCCGAACAUGCAGCCAAGCAGAGAGCGAAAAGAAAAGUGCAGCAAGAUAAAAGUUCUGCCUCGGCUGGCGGAAGCAAAAAACACAAGGAGUUUAAAUUUUGAUCAUGUGCAAUUUUUUCACUUUUUUGUCAUAUCUCAUGCCAAGAUUUUGUCUGUGAGUAUUUUACAGUUUAGAGAAGUAUUGAACUUGAGUUUUCUGUUAACUUUUGAAAGUGUCCCGGUAAUACAACAUGAUGUAACUCAAUUUAUUCUAAAUUUUU